GCCCAGACGGGGCGUGGGAGGGGGCAGAGAGGCUCUUAAAACCAGGCGCACCCAGCCCCUGCCUCUACCCCAGACCUGAGGACGCAGAGCAGGUGUCACUGAACUCUGAAGAUGAAGGGGCUUCUCACACUGGCUUGGUUCCUGGCUUGUAGUGUGCCUGCUGUCCCAGGGAGCUUGCUAGACCUGAGCACGAUGAUUGAGAAGGUGACUGGAAAACCUGCCCUGACGAACUACGGCUUCUACGGCUGUUACUGUGGCUGGGGGGGUCAAGGGACCCCCAAGGACGGUACUGAUUGGUGCUGUUGGGUACAUGACUACUGCUAUGCACAGCUGGAGGAGAAAGGCUGCAACACCUUGACACAGUCGUACAAGUACAGAGUCGCAUGGGGUCUGGUCACCUGUGAACGCGGGUCCUACUGCCAGACGCAGCUUUGUACCUGUGACCAGAAGUUCGUCUACUGCCUGAAGCGAAACAGGAGGAGCUACAACCCUCUUUACCAAUACUUUCCCAACUUCCUCUGUGACUAGUGAGCUCCUCUGGUACCAAGACCUUUGCUCCCUUCUCCAGCAGCACAGAGCUCCCCCCUCCGCUGGGUUCCCCAGAGAGGCUCCUAGCUCUGGACUUCACUCCUUCUCAAUGGACCACUGGGCUUAGAGGAGCCCCAGGGACAUCCUCCAGAGUCCCAAGAGGGUGACUCUGGUUGUUGGACUUGGGAGGGUCAAGGUCCCUGGCCUCCACUUGCAAGAUGGGCCACUCUGGUGCCAACAGCUUUUCCCUCCCGCCUCGUCCUGAAGACAGCCGUGCUUCUCCAGGAGGAAGGCUUCCCUGGGAUAUGCCUUUACUGUUCAGGUCUGCAGCUGGAUGAUCACCACAACCCUGUAGAGAAUUUUUGCUCAAGUAGAAGCAAAAUUGACCCCAUAAUUCUGCCCUAUAGAUAGUAGAUAAAAUUCCCUCUUAAAACUAGUAAUAACCACACAGGUAUUUCCCCCACUGUGGGGGGAUGGCCUGCAUCUCCUUCUCUGCUGUUGGGGCACCAACUUCAGCAUUAACCAUGUUCUCUCAGAGGCUAAAAGUGCAGAUUAGUAACUAGAAGCUUUCCUGGGAUGAGUGCCAAGUUUUUUGGGCUCAGCUACUUGCAGGUCCUCUUGAGCCAAACACUGGGACCUUCUUCUUCCCCCAGAUGAAGAUGGGGAGAUGAUUGGCAAUUGUGCCAUCUGGGGCUUCCAGUCCCAAGAGGGUCACAUUGGAAUCUCAGUUUGGCUUCUGCUGUGCGGUCUCAGGCUCAUUACUAAUCCUCUCUGAUUUCUGAUCUCUUUUAAAAAGAAGCAAUAUUUCUUGCAACAUAAAUCGGGAAUCCCAAGGUUACCUUGAUGCCGACCCAAGGAUGCUGAGGUUCUGGGAUUUCACAGAGUAGGACGUUAAAGGAAUAGGGUCCAGCAGUGGGUUUAUUUUUACCACGUAAGGACACCAAAAAGCCCACCUCAUCUAUCAAUUCAUAAAAGAAAGGGCAUUCUAAUACCCGAACUGCAGGAAGAAAGGACACAUCCCCGAAUAAAGGAGAGUCCCUUCCAAGAAAGGACCUCUGGAUACUCUAUGCUGACAAACCCCAAAAUAACUACAUGGUAAAUGGGAUCUAUAUUUAAAAACCUCCAAUGUCAAACAAUUUCAAAAUAAAAUUCAAUUUUAUGAGA